AAUUUCUUUUUGGAGUAUUAAUUUUAUUAAAGUUUCUUAUCUGGAAGAGUUUUCUUACUUAUUUGGUUUAUAAAUUUUUUAACUUUUUAAUCAUGAAGUGAUGUUUCUACAGAUAUUUUCAUAGUUUAUUACAGCAUAUCGUCAGCUAAUGUAACUGGGAUUAAUGUUUGAUUCUGCUUGUUCAAUACUUUAUAAAAUUGCACUCAUAUUGAAUUGUAUUUCUAAUUUAAAAUUAUUUUUUCUCUCAUUCAUCACUAUAAUACUACAUUUUGUCACAUCUAAUCUAAGAUCUGAUAGAAAAAUUAAAUCUUUAUGUCAUGAUCAAACAUUAUAUUAUGCAUUAAAUAUCUGAUCAUGUUUGACUCACAACAGAUCACAAUUCAACAAAAGUAUUUUAAUGUCCAAAUCAUCUUAAUUUUAUAUUAAUCUUGACGUUAUCCUGUAUGAGAUUUAGAGCUAUACUCAAUAUUCAGGAUAGAUUUGAAGUAUUAAACAAUGAGAUUUGAAUUUAGGGUCUGAAACAAAUGCCAUUACAUUAAUGAAAUAUUGCAAUGAAAAUGACUGACAUUCUUUGUUUGCCAUUUUAAGAUGAAUCCCAAAUUUUUUUCAAAGUAUAUUGUACAAAUUGCUUACUGCUUGUUUAUGGGUUAAACUGAUGUACAUAUCUACUAUAGUAUCUUCAUUUCUGGGUUUUCAGACAUGGAGAUUCCACCUAGCCUGAGCUUAUACCCGUUGCACCGAUGUUCGGCAUGCACAAGGGAUUCACAACGUAGAAGGCGCAGAGAAGUAUAAAACGUCUCCUGAACUGAUUGAUCCCUGCCUCUCAUCACUCGGAUGGGAACAGGUUCAGAAUCUUCGGAAACAUGUUUGUGCUACGGGACUACUGCAGAGGAUUGAGCUAGUCAUCACCUCUCCUAUGUUGAGUUGUUUUGUAGAGAGCAGAAACUUUGCACAAAAAUAUUGUGCUAAUAGAAAGCAUGAACCAAGUAGUACUUGCUGUGGAUGCUGCAGAUGUGGGAUAUCCACAUUGUGACUUCAAGGUCCAAGCAUUUCAGGAGGAACCUUUCUUCAGUUGUUUCUUUGUUCUUUGGAGGUUGAGAAGGGGACGAGUGCUGGGGACAAUGCAGACUGCGGCCGUAGUUUUUGGUGGAGGCAAUCAUGAGAGCGAGAUGAGUGAAACCCCUCUGAUGGUGGGAAAUGGGAAGAAUGAUCAUUCUACUGUAUCAAGUCAAAACUGUCCGCCAUUCAUAACGCAGGAGCUUUGUCGAGAACGCCUGGGAGUGAAUACAUGCGAUAAGAGGGGAAGCAUUAGCGAGUACAAGAGUCUGUUUCCAGCAAUCGAUUUUUCCCUGAUAGAAAGUGAUGAAGACAUCUUGUGGAGAGAGGAUGUCAGGGAGUCAGAUGAGGAACUUUCAGCUCGAGGAGUGAAGUUCAUGAAAUGGCUGUGGACUAGGAAGGAGAGAGAGAUCGCCAUUGUCACACACAGUGCAUUUUUGUUUCAGACUCUGCCAGAGUUUGGCGACGAUUGCCACCCGUCAACAAAGAAUGAGAUUUGCAAAUUCUUUGCGAAUUCCGAACUUCGAUCAGUGAUUUUGGUGGACAAAAGUUUAACAGGAAUUGAUGAGGUAAGAACAAACUAUCCUGGUAGUAUAUCUCACACUUGACCUACCAAGUGACAUAGUGAAUGCACAACGAGAAUCAGAUGACAGCCAGCAUCAAGAGAGUGGGGUUAAUUGAGAGCAGAACAGGAAUAGGCUUUGUCAUUGUUUCAUUAAUUGGCUUUGUUAUUGUUCCAUUAGUUAAGACAUGAAUGUGCUUUGUAUAAAACUUGCAGUGUAUAUUGAAGUAUAUAGUUUUUGGAUUACCUAAAUACCGUGAUUUUGCUUA